UGGGCCUCCGCCGGCUAUCCACCACGCCCUGGCUGGUUGAUUCCUACGGUCUGUCACAGGCUCACAGCCGGAGCUCGCUCGCCGGCGCUUGCCCAGUCCACGCCCAUGGCGGCUCCGACCACGAGCCGUCUCCACCGCCGCCUCCUCCCCGCACUCCCAUCCUGCACCCCUCGCGCCCCGUCCUUCUCAGCCCCCUCAGUCCAGGGACCCAGCCGCCGGCUUACCUCCCGGCUGUACUGCUCGUCGCCGCCGGUGGGAGCGCCGCCGUCCGGCAAGGGCGGCGAGUACCGUCCCUCCUUCGCCGACGACUUCCUCCUCGCCUUCUUCCGGGCCAAGAUGGUGGAGGAGGUUGGGUGGGAUUCUCAAAAGCCUGGAUACGACGGGCUGAUCGAAGUUGCGAAUCGCCUCAUGAUCAAGGGGAAAAGUGCUUCAGAGACUGAGCAAUCAGCUGUCCGAGUACUUCAGGCACUGUUCCCACCUCUGUUGCUAGUCCUUUUCAAAGCUCUUUUAGCACCAAUUGCUAAUGGCCAACUUGCUUCCAUGAUGGUAGCUAGAGCAACAGCGCUUUCGUGCCAAUGGCUAAUGGGCACAUGUUCAGUGAAUUCUGUAACACUGCCCAAUGGGAAGUCGUUAUCUAGUGGGGUGUUUGUCGAGAAGUGUAAAUAUUUGGAAGAGAGCAAAUGUCUUGGCAUUUGUAUCAACACGUGCAAACUGCCAACUCAGACCUUCUUCAAGGAUCACAUGGGCGUCGAUUUGUAUAUGGAGCCAAAUUUUGAAGACUAUAGCUGCCAGUUCAACUUUGGAGUGCCACCCCCACCUCCUGACACGGACAAGGCCCUGAAGGAACCAUGCUUGGACAUAUGCACAAACGCUAGACGGCGCAGAGAGCUUGGCAGCAGCGGUGGCCCGGAUGGUCUAUGCCCCCAAGUUUGAUCUGCUGCUUCUGAAAGGACGCACAUGAUAAAUACUUAAAAUGGUAUGAAUAUAGAUUUUUUUAGGGCUAAGUACGAAUAUACUCCCUCUGUCCCACAAUAUAAGAACGUUUGUCAAGCCAGCAAUGGUGCUGCCCCUGUUUCACCUGCGACUGAAGAUGGAUUUGUAUGUGGGCUUUGCGGGCUGGGCCGGCUUCUUCCCUAGGUGAACGGUAUAGCAUGAUGUGCACAUGCACGCCACAUGCUGCGCGCAUGGGUUUAAUUGGGAUGUAUGCAACCUACUAUAAUUAGAAUAACGAAGUUGAAUCUCGUAU